GAAAAAGAUAAUAUAAAUUUUAUGCAAUGGCACUAAGAGUCAAUAUAGUUGAUACUGAAUAUCAAAAGACAGAUGGGAGAGACCAUCUCUAUUACCUAAUCCAUAUCUCUCAAGCAAGAUCUACUUGGGAGAACAAUAUUCAACUAAGAUACUCCCAACUCAGAUUUUUCCAUAAGCAGCUUCAAGACUCACAAAGAUUAUUUGAUGCCCCUCCACUGCCUAAAUUCCCAACGUGGGUCAGAGUUGCAGCUCUUUUCACUAACAGAAUGGAUGAGAAAACGAUUGAAAUGAGAUGAAUGCGUCUCGAAGAUUAUCUAAACGAAAUUGUUAAGCAUGUCAUUACUAGAUCAACCCCUUACUUUGAAGAAAUAUUUUAAGGUUCCAGAAGUAAACGUCGUCCGCUGGAUCCAGUCUUACAAAUCUUUUGAAGGUGUCCGAACUGGAAAGAAUAUCGAAAUAGUCCUACAGACAAAUGAAGGCAAUGAAAACAUUGAAGAGAGCCCAGAAAGAAGAAAUGUUGGGCUCCAAAUGAGCAAGAAUCGGAACCUAGAGUCCAUAAAUUCCUUCGUAAAUCAGAUGAAACAAGUCCCAGUCCCUAAAGAGCUUAGGAAGGAGCUUAACUUGCCUAAGACUAAGAAAGUAAAGAAGAAAAUUAGAUACAAGGUUGAUAAAAAGAACGCUAUCUCCAAUAUUUAUAAAGACGAAGAGAUAAAAUAAGGACCUCGAUUUGAUUAAAAUAACUAAUCAAAACUUAAUCGACCAAAACAAGAAGCUGCAACAGGAAAUGAAGGCUAGAAUGACAGAGAUGGAUAUUAUGAAGCUUCAGCAUCAGAAGAGCAUGGAGAGACUUCUCUUGAGGAAAUCUGAAAAGAGUCUUGUAAUACAAAGCCCAGAUACAACUCAAGAGAAAAUAGAUACAGGACAGUCUGUGGAUACCAAACCUAGUCUCUCAUGGAGUACUCUGGUGAAUAUUGUUAAAGCAAGAAACAGAAGAAUUCCGGCUGAUCCCCAACCUCUCGAACUCAAAGAAGAACCAUAUAGCCCUAGGACAUAUGUUGCUUCAGAAUCUGGCCUAAGUAGACAACCUCAUAAGAGAAAGAAGUCCAGAACAAGAAAGUCCUCUAAAGAAAGAAUCGAGUCUGAAUAUCAGUAUGACUCUGAAGAAGAGUAUUUACUCAUUGAGGAGGAAGAAGAAAGUGAAGAUGAAUCCCCAGACUCAGGUGUAUUCUCACACUUUUAAACUCUAUUUCAUGCAUUAAGCUUUCUUUACAGAAUGUCCAUUACUAGUGU